AACCCUUCCUCCCAUUCUUGCUCGAUUCACCUUACCAUGGACAUCAAAACCCUUGCAUUCGCCGCAGCUUCGCCACCGUUACCGGUAAUCGCCGCCUUGAAGCUCGCCGGAGUCUCUCCCUCCGUUGACACCUCUCUCCCUCCUGACUCCGCUCCCGCAUUUAUCUUCUCCAAUGGGCUGAAAUUGCAUGGAACAUCUGUUCUUCUACGGUACGUUGGGCGAGUUUCCGGUCUUGUUGAUUUCUAUGGGCAAAAUGCAUUUGAGACUGGCCAGAUUGAUGAAUGGCUGGAAUAUGCUCCUGUCCUCUCAUCAGGCCCUGCUUUUGAGAAUGGAUGCAAGUACAUAGAUGGGUACUUGGAGAAGCGUUCGUUUAUUGUUGGUUAUUCGUUAUCAAUUGCAGACCUAGCAAUUUGGGCUGGUCUUGCAGGAUCUGGAAAGAGAUGGGAAAGUCUAAGGAAGUCAAAGAAAUAUUUGAAUCUUGCACGAUGGUUCAAUUCAAUAGUGACAGAACAUGGCGCUACUUUAAACGAAGUUAUAGCAACAUAUGUUAGCAAAAAAGGAUUGGGAGAACCAUCAGGAAGCAAGUCAAAAGAUCAGUCAGCAGUCACUGAUAAAGUGAAGAAUGUGAAUGGGGGUGUAUCUGAAAACCUCAAAGGAGGAAACAAAUCUAUAGCUGAAAUAGAUCUUCCAGAUGCUGAAGUUGGAAAAGUUUGCUUGCGAUUUGCACCUGAACCCAGUGGCUAUCUUCACAUUGGACACGCAAAAGCAGCUCUGUUGAACAAAUAUUUUGCUGAGCGAUACCAAGGGCAGUUAAUAUUGCGUUUUGAUGAUACCAAUCCUGCUAAAGAAAGCAAUGAGUUUGUUGACAGCUUGGUGAAAGAUAUUGAUACGUUGGGUGUCAAAUAUAACCAAAUCACUUAUACAUCAGAUUACUUCCCUGAGCUGAUGGAAAUGGCUGAAAAAUUAAUUUGCCUGGGUAAAGCAUAUGUUGAUGACACUCCACGUGAUGACAUGAAAGAGCAGCGAAUGGACGGGACAGAAUCUAAGUGCAGAAAUAAUAGCACAGAAGAGAAUAUGAAAUUAUGGAUUGAGAUGGUUGCAGGAACAGAAAGAGGGUUACAAUGUUGUGUCCGUGGGAAGUUGGAUAUGCAGGACCCAAACAAAUCACUUCGUGAUCCUGUUUAUUAUCGUUGCAAUCCAAUUCCUCAUCAUAGAAUUGGAUCCAAGUAUAAAGUGUAUCCAACUUAUGAUUUUGCAUGUCCAUUUGUUGAUGCUAGAGAAGGUAUCACGCAUGCCCUCCGAUCUAGUGAGUACCAUGAUCGCAAUGCUCAAUAUUACCGAAUUCAAGAGGACAUGGGACUUAGAAAAGUUCUCAUCUAUGAAUUCAGCCGGUUGAAUAUGGUCUACACACUUCUGAGCAAACGAAAGCUUCUAUGGUUUGUCCAAAAUGGAAAAGUUGAUGGAUGGGAUGAUGCGCGAUUUCCUACUGUGCAAGGGAUUGUACGCAGAGGCUUGAAAAUUGAAGCACUAAUACAGUUCAUUGUUGAGCAGGGGGCAUCAAAAAAUCUCAAUCUCAUGGAAUGGGACAAGCUCUGGACCAUUAAUAAGAAGAUUAUAGAUCCUGUCUGUCCCAGACACACUGCUGUUGUUGCAGACAGACGCGUGUUGUUGAACCUUAUUGAUGGUCCUGAGAAACCAUUUGUCCACAUCAUACCUCGGCACAAAAAACAUAAAGAUGCUGGGGAUAAAGCUACAACAUAUACUAAAAGCAUAUGGAUAGACCAUGCUGAUGCAGAGUCCAUAUCUGCUGGUGAGGAAGUAACCUUGAUGGAUUGGGGAAAUGCCAUCGUGAAGGAAAUAGAAAAGGACCAAGUUGGGAAUGUCACCAGGUUGAGUGGUGUUUUGCAUCUUGAAGGAUCUGUAAAGACCACAAAGUUGAAGCUCACUUGGCUACCUGACAUAGAUGAACUAGUUAGCCUGACAUUGGUGGAGUUUGAUUAUCUAAUUACAAAGAAAAAGCUUGAAGAAAAUGAGGAGUUCACUGAUGUGCUUAACCCGUGUACGAAAAAAGAGACUCUAGCAUAUGGAGACUCCAACAUGCGAAACCUUAAACAAGGAGAGAUAUUGCAGCUGGAGAGAAAGGGAUAUUUCAGGUGUGAUGCACCCUUCAUUCGACCCUCAAAACCAAUCGUGUUGUAUGCCAUCCCUGAUGGCAGGCAGCAGACUUGUUUGAAGUAAUAAUCUUUUUAUGUUCUUAAAAUGCUCUAGAGCAUCACCUACAUUCAUGCUCAGCAGAGUUUGUAAUGGAGAUGACAAGUUUGUGGAAUUGUUUUCAUGUUUACCUUCUUUAUAAGCAAACUAUUGUAAUUGUGUUCAUGACUAGAAUUUGGGGAAGUCUUCUCUGUUUUUUGGACAAAUACUACUCAGUCUUUCACAGUAAAGCUGUAUUAGUUUAUUUUUUGCUCAA